AUGGCGGUGAAUCAUUUGAGAGGACUUCGUCUGCUGCUGUGUCAGUCCCUGGUGCGACCGAUCAGAGGUGCCCCAGUGCUCCCAGCAAGGCAUGCCAUCCCAGCUUUUUUCCCCAGCGGCUCGUGCCAGCCUGCCGCGUGCACUCGACUCUAUGCCACUAAGAAAGCGAAAGCUAAGACAAAGGGACAGGCAGCCAAGGUGAAUAUUAGCGCCACUCUGGUGGAGGACAUCAUCAGUCUAGAGGAAGUGAAAGAUGACAUGACGGCUGUGGUCAAUGCGCUCAAAGAUGACUUCACGCGCAAUCUCAGCAUCAGAACGUCACCUGGAGCACUGGACCACAUUAUUGUGUCAACACAAGAUGGGAAGUUCCCUCUCAAUCAGCUGGGCCAAGUCUCCAUGAAAUCCCCUCAGCUCAUUAUGGUCAAUAUGAGCAGCUACCCCGAGGCUACAGCGGCAGCUGCCCGUGCCCUGAGAGAGAGUAGCAUGAACCUCAACCCCGAGGUGGACGGGGCAAUCAUCAAGGUGCCUGUUCCUAAGGUGACACGUGAACACAGAGAGAACCUCGCCAAGACAGCCAAGCAGUUCAGCAACAAGGCAAAAGACUCCCUGAGGAGAGUACGCUCCAACGCUGUGGCGCAAGUAAAAAAGGCCAAGGAGGGACACUCUGAAGACACCAUUCGACUAGUAGAGAAACAGAUUCAGCAGAUGGCCGACAACAUCACGUCAGAUAUUGACAAGCAACUUGCCGCCAAGACCAAAGAGUUGCUCAGUUGA